AUGAUUAAGAACGACGAUACUCGCAUUCGGCGGCGCAUAGUUCUCAAGGAGAACUCGUGCACGACGUUCUAUAAAGUCCCGAGUUUGAAGGUAGCUUGUAAGAUAGGCAAAGACAUUGUCAAAGGGUUGAAUCUCUUGCGAGAAGCAGGGCUUAUCCACCGAGACAUCAGCGGCGACAACUGUUUAAUUUAUUUCGACGAGGAAAGCGAGAGUUACUACGGCAAAAUCGCAGAUCUGGAAUACUGCAAGGAGUAUCGCAAAGUUGGAGCUACUAGUCAUAAUUCAGAUCCCAUCUUGGGCACAAAGGAAUUCACGGCCGUCGAGGUGGAGAAACAAUUCUUCCUUGCGCCUUCAAGUCUCCUACCACUCGAGACAGAGUUUCAUCGACACUACUUGCACGACCUGGAGUCACUCUACUGGCUCAUGGUCUGGUGCGCCUUUGUCCUGGUUCACGACGACAUUCAGCAAGUCGAUGUGGAAAUGUGGGAGAAAGCGUUCUUCGAUUUGUUCCCCGGGGUCCAGGGCACAUCGAUGAAAUCCUCUCCAGGCAAACUGGAGACCAUCUGCUUUCCUUAUGCACCGUUGAACGCACUGAACAGGUGCGGCGGAAGGGAUGAGGAUACUCUCACUGUCUUGGAGGACCUUUUCAACCUCGCGAACGACCUCCGGAGCGAGUAUACCCGGCUUCAGACCAUACCCCAGGAUGCCCACGCCCAUCAGUCAAUAUCCCAGGAUUCCCGGCUUCAAAAGCUUAUAUACCCCCAGGAUACCCAGCUUCAUAAAUCUAUACACCCCCAGGAUACCCAGCGGCCUCAAGUUGCAAGCAGCGGCACUCGUUGUCGAUGGGCACAAGAACACUUUCGUCCCGACAUAUACCACAAGUUUUCCAACGUCUUGGAGACCGUUUCAAAUCGUCUAUCGGAGCCGGAUCAAGUGUCGAUGUCGAUGUGGAAGUUGUACUGGGAGAUGGAGAUGGAGAGGGAGAGGGUCAGUGAGCGUGCCACUGGCAGUCAUGCGUAG